AUGUAUCUUUGGAUCGCUUGUGUUUUGCUGAGCGCCACCUCUGUAUGUACAGCCGGAAUGUCUGUUGAAGGCACAUGCGAGCGAGUGUGCGCGUGCGAGGAAAGAGAGGGGACACUCACGGUGAGCUGCGAAAACAGGGGCAUUGGAAGCGUCUCUGAAAUAAAGCCGCUAAACUUCCCCCAGUAUCAUCUCCUGCUCACCGGUAAUUUUUUAAGAAAGCUCGCCGCCAACGACUUUGGCGACUAUCGAGGACUCACCAUAUUACACCUGGGAAAUAAUGAGAUAUCCGAGGUGGAAGCUGGAGCCUUUAAUGGACUUCAAGGAUUAAAACGAUUACAUCUUAACAAUAACAAAAUUGAUGCCUUGAAGGAGGAGCUUUUCUGGGGCCUGGAAAGUCUGGAGUAUCUGCAGCUAGAUUAUAAUUACAUCACUCAAGUGGCCCCCAACGCUCUCGGCAGACUUCGACACCUGGAAGUGUUGAUUCUGAAUGACAACUUGAUAUCGACUCUACCUGUGAACAUCUUCCAGCAUGUUCCAUUGACUCAUCUUGACCUGAGGGGAAAUCAGCUCAAAGUCCUUCCCUACUUAGGUCUGCUGGAGCACAUGAACAGCGUGGUGGAGCUGCAGCUGGAGGAAAACCCGUGGAACUGCUCUUGUGACCUGAUUGCCCUCAAAACGUGGCUGGAGAGCAUUUCCUACACGGCGUUGGUGGGCGACGUCGUUUGCGAGUUCCCUUUCCGACUCCACGGGAGGGAUUUAGAUGAGGUCUCCAAGCAAGAGUUAUGUCCCAGAAGAGCCAUCGCUGAAUACGAGAUGCCGCCUCAGCCGCAUUUGAGCACGGACGGCAACUACAGGAGCACGCCGGCCCUUGCUACGGCUUCCUUAACCUCAUCUGGCAUCGCGAGAUCCUCGUCGAGGCCCACCAAGGGACCUCGGCAGUCGGGUAAAUUGAAAUCAAGACCGACUGCCCGACUGGUGGCGAACAAACCUCAGAACUACGGCCAAAUUAUUUCCUACCAAACCAAAUCUCCCGUGCCUUUGGACUGCCCGUCAGCCUGCACCUGCAACCUUCAGAUUUCAGACCUCGGCCUCAACGUCAACUGCCAGGAGCGAAAGAUUGAGCACAUUUCCGAUUUAGAACCCAAACCUUACAACCCCAAAAAGAUGUAUCUCACUGGGAACUAUAUCCCCGUGGUGCGAAGAACGGAUUUCAUUGAGGCAACUGGAUUAGAUUUGCUUCAUCUGGGCAACAAUCGGAUAGCUCAAAUCCACGACAGAGCUUUUGGUGAUUUGACUCAUCUCAGGCGACUCUACCUUAACGGGAAUUUGAUAGACCACCUUACCGCAGAUGUUUUCUAUGGACUAGAGAGUCUGCAGUUUCUAUAUUUAGAAUACAACGUCAUUAAGGAAAUCACAGCGGACACGUUCCAGCACGUCCCUAAACUCCAGCUACUGUUUUUAAACAACAACCUCUUGAAAACACUUCCGGUAGGGGCAUUUCAUGGCCUCACGUUGGCCCGCCUCAAUCUUCGCAGCAACCACCUGCGAUAUCUACCGGUCAGCGGUGUGCUGGAUCAGCUGACAGCGCUGGUGCAGGUGGAUUUGUACGAAAACCCCUGGGAUUGCUCUUGUAGCAUUCUCGACUUGAAGAUGUGGGUGGAACAGCUCAGCACGGGCACUGUUGUCAACAAUGUCAUCUGUGGCUCACCCAAGAGGCUCGCUGGGGAAGACAUGCGAUACAUCAAGACAGCUAAUUUCUGCCCUAAUAACUCGGUCAUGCCGGCGUCAAUGAUUCCACCCUCGGAGGAAUCCAUCCCUGGCAGCACCAUCACAAUAGAAACAUCACUAGACUCUGACACACGGUACAGUGCCAUUCCUUUAUCCGUGAUGAUCCUUGCCCUCUUACUCAUGUUCAUUAUGUCCGUGUUCGUGGCUGCAGGACUGUUUGUAACAGUGAGAAAGAGACACCUUAAGAAUCAACACGAGCAGAAUAAUUCCAUGAACGCUUGUAUUAGCUCGCUUAACAUGGAGUACGGACUGUACAAAAAGGGAUCCGUCCCAAAGGUCAGAACAUCAGCCGGACACGUGUAUGAAUAUAUUCCACCCCCUUCUGAGCAAACAAGCAGAACUCCAGGUCACGCUUCUGCCGACAGCAAAUCUGCCGAGGGAUUUCCGGACUUCCACCAGCUCAGCGGCGCCUUUCUGGGGAAUUCGGACGAAGACGCGGCGAGUAAUGUCAUAGGCUCGGAAUACAGCACCGCUGCUUCGGAGCCACUCAAUAAGCCUUUCGGCAUGAAACAAGAUGAUCCGUCGUGCUACAGAGAAGUCCUCAAUCCGGAGCAGAAGCCCCACUACAGUCAUACGCUACCUUGCAGACAUGCAGCGCGUCAGGCCGGUCAACACACGUCAGACUUUGACGUAAGGCCUCAGUACGUGCAUCCCGACAGAGUCCAACAGACAAUAUUGUACUGCACGACGCCGAGUACUGUUUACGUGGAGCCAAACAGAAGCGAAUAUUGGGAACUGAAAGCAAAGCUUCACAUUGAUCCGGAUUAUCUUGAGGUUCUUGAAAAAAGAACAACAUUUACACAGUUUUAAAGUACCUUGGCUGACAAACAUUGAAUCGGGACUUUAUACUUCAACACAAAAAGGUAAAACGUGACGGCAUCUUCAGUGGUAUGAAGGAUUGCAGCAUGCGUUGGCGCAAUGCUCGAGCUUUGUGGCAUCGAGUAACGACUUUGGGUCUUAUCUGGCAUGUACGGCAUGUCAGAUGGUUCAAUCACAAGUACAGCGACUUGUAUUG